GCAGUUUAUUCAGGGUACAUACUGUAGUCAAUAUUCUAUUCUAAAAAUAGCAACAGUGUAAUGUGAUCAACAGACGACAAACAUGGAAGAUAACAUUUUAUUUACGUUUAUUUUGUUUGCAGGAUUUACAAGUACAUUUGCGUCACAUGACUGGGGGCUUGACCCUUUCGUUGGUUUUCUAAUAGGCGUGAUAGUAUUUUUCGUCAUCAUUGUUGUAGUAACUGUUGCCGUAUGCGUGUAUUGCCGCAGAACAAGAGGACACACUGGGCAAGUGUGCCAACCGGCUCCACCUCAAAGAACUACAAUUCAUAUCCACAGUCCGCUGCCUUGCGGACAGACUGGCUAUAAUGGUACCGUAAACAGUCCGGUUGUAAUAAUGACGUCAAACGUGACGCCAGGAACAACGCAACAAAUGUUGAAGCCGGUGGCCCCAUUGCCUCCAGAACAACGAGAAGAAAGACGUGUGAUGAAAUAGAUAUAUAAGUUAUCUGACAUUGAAAACAUGUUUGAUGUUAUUGUUUUAUUAAAUGCCCUAUAAUUAUCUGUCACGAGACAUGCAUAAAACAUUAAACAUCAAAUGUCAUUGUAAUAUUUUUAUAAAAACAGUUUCAUGAAGUUUAUGUCAGAAUACCAGAAUAAUGCUGAAACUAACUGACACAAUUUGUCUGACUCUGUUGCAAAUAAGCCUUAAGAUUAGUUUGGAGGUUCUUUUUUUUUACAGCAAUAAUUAUAAGGCCGAAAACUAUAAGCUAAGAUCAAUGGCCGGGAGAGUCACUCGUUACAUCAUGUUUGAUUUUUGAAUAGGCAAUUUGUUCUUUAUCUUUGUUGACUAUAGAAACAUCUACAGGUGUUCAAAGUGUAGUUAUCAUGAAGCUUUUAACGUGUUAUUAAAGUGCCAUUCCAUUUAACGAAGUGUAUAGUCCUCAAAUGCGUGUAUCAUAAACGAAAAAAAAAUAACAGAUGGGGAAACUAAAUUUUGAAAGGGGAUCAAAAGUUAAUAGUGAGAAAUAAACACUCCGUAAAGAACGGUCAAAACGACAAAACAGGCUCGUUUUGAUAGUGCCUGUUCAUGGACGGUACUGUAAAUUGCUAGCUAACGUCCGCGGCCGCUACCACUGGCUUAUACGGAAUUCAACAUUAUAACCCAUGAAAUGGUAAAAUUGUGAAUUUAGAAUCAUCCGCAGGUGUGCCUACAUAUCUUGAACAAGCUGACGAAAGGCAGUUAUACCGCAAGUGUAUUAGUAAUGCGACGACUUUCAAAUAUUGCUGCUGGAGGAAGACAUCAGGUGUCCCUCAUAGCACCAUUUCAGGCACUAGCAAUGCAAUAUCUUGUGGUACAAGAAAAUAUUCACAAAGACACCAACGUUGUAUUGAGUGCUGCGGCAAACUUUUCAGGUUUUUUCUUAUCUGACGCCGGCAGGCUAAUGACGCUGUUAUACCGUGUAGACUUUGUCUGUGGACAUCAUUAAUCUGGUCAUCUGAGUAAAAUUCACAGAACCUGUUGUAAUUUUGUUCGCUGUUUCUCAAAUACUUCUUUUGUCAGUCAAGGACAUUUGACAAAAUUUUCUCUUGCAAGUAUUUCACCCACAUAAACACUCGUGUGCCUUCAACAACAGUUUGAAUUCAAUUGACUAUAUUUCAAAACGAAGAUGGUAGUGUAAUGUCAUUUGAUUCCCUCCAAAGAUGUAAAAUUAUUGUAUGAACUUCUUUUAUUUGUAUUUUUCUCAUAAGCCUGUGCACAUAACUAUAAAUAAAUACAAACUAAACCA